AUGCUUCCAACAGGAAGUGCAAUGACUCAAGUUCUUGAUGAUUAUAAACUUGUUCUGGGAUUGGAAUCACCAAAUCAUACCAUUGAAUAUGUGACUUAUGCACCAGAAAUUCAAUUUUUAUAUGACAUAACUAUACAAUGGUCUGGAUUAGUGAAGCGUAAUCAAUCAUUAGACAUCGAUCUUCAAACAAUUGAAAUAAUAUCUGACAACGUUGAGUAUCCAAGAUCAUUGUCAUCAGAGCUGCACAAUAUAUUUUUUGUGAGAAUAAAUCAAGUGUUUUUAAAGAAAAAUUAUCAAUCACUUCAGGAAGAAACGGUAUUUCAGUGUGACAUGAAUAUUACCCAACAACAUGAUUUAUAUUCACUUUACAAUGAUAUUAUUUUUCGGGAGAUUCAAGUUUUUGCAAUAUUAGCAUUUUCAUAUACGUGGAGAUCCAUGCAUGUUUCUUUUGAUUAUACUGAUGAAAUGAUAGUUGAAAUGGAUGAAACAAAAAAAAGAAUUAUAGAGUAUACAAAAUUAUUUAAAAAUAAAAUGAUAGUUGCUACAAAUUUUAUUCGUCGAUGUGAUCCACUUGGAAAACAAGAAAAAGGUGAAACAUAUGAAGAAAUUGAAGAUUUAAUCUACGUUUUUUCGGUUAAUCAGCAAAGUUUUGAACCUAAAAAUAAUGCGAAAUGUGAAAUUAGCUGUAAUAAUAUUCCACAAAGAAUACGACUUUGUCAAUCACAAGGUACUGAUUGUUCUGUAGAUAAUCAUGAUUAUGAUGAUACUUGUCCUGGUUGGACAAAUGGUUGUUUAGAUGUCCCAUCCAAGACUGUCGAAGUUUGUCGGAAAAAACCAAAUGAUCGACCAAGUUCGAGGCUUCAUAGUGGGUUUAAAAUUAUCGACAAAGGUUGGGAAUAUGGUAACACGUCUAGUGAGUGCAGUUCAAAUGAAAUUAUUGAAACAAAUAGAGUUCAUUGGUUUAAUCCUUGGUCAAAUGUUUGUAAAAUUUGUAUGUGUGGUUGCCUGGAUAAUCGUAUUCACACUGAAACCAAUACAAUUCGUGCUUUCAGUUUGCUAUGGUCUGAAACGAGUUAUAACAUGGUAGCAACUGGUGCACGACUUGUUGCACGAGAUCGAAUGUUUCACAUUCAGCUUCGAGAGGGAAAACUUUUGCCUUAUGGAAAAAUUGAUAGAAAUACUGAGAGAUGGAUACCACUUCCAAAAUUUGAGUAUGUUGAUAAUUUUCCUGCCACUGCAAUUUACUCAAAUGGAACGCGAUAUUCGUUGGAACAAUCAAGAGAUUUUGCUACAAUACAAGCAGUUUACAUGAAUGAAAUAUGUUUACAAAAAUUGAUUCUUAAUGAAGGCCAGUUAUUGAGUGGGGUUAGAUUCAAUCUUGAUUAUUUGGAAAAUCACUCACCAAGACUUUGUAUUGCACUUGAUGUAAAAUAUGGCAGUUUUGAAUAUCAAUAUGGAAACAUUACUGCAAGCACAAAUUAUACAAAACAAUUACCAAAACCAACUGAAUUGAUUUUAAAUAGUGCAGAUAAUCCACUUAAAUUUAAAAGACACCCUUAUGAUUCUGAGGAAAAUAAAUUUAUUUCUAUUCAAGGAACAGAUAUGGUUAAAGAUGCAUCACAAACAACUAUUCCAUUUUUUGAUCUUCAAGAUGUUGCUACUGAUCCAAGUGUACCACUUUCUGGAAUUGAAUUAUUUCACAAAGGACGAGUUGAUGGUACAUCUGGUGGAUAUAUUUCAUUAAAAAUUUAUCCAUUAAAUUUAACUGUGUAUAUGGAUCCAUAA